GACACGUGUGUCGGGGCGGGCAGGCGAGGGUCUAGGCAUACCUAGGAUUCUCUGGCAACCAUGGCAUGCAGUUGCAUCAACGCGGCUGUAACCUGUUGCUGGCGAGACCCCGGCCCCGGGAGCCAAGGUUCCCAUCUCCGUCUCAGCUGCAGACCUUUUCUAGAUGAGGGCACAAGAAACUGGGAGCUGAGUCGGGGGGCAGAGGGCGGAACCCCUCCUCUCGGGUGCGAGCAGUUUUGGGCUGCUCUGGGGCCCCUCUCAGGGCGCAUCUCCAAAUCUUUUAGAUGUCGAAGCCCCGCCUCACUGUUGAUGCUUGCUGGUCAGUCUAGCGGGGCGGGAGGAAGUGGGGGAACAUUUGCUUACUCCUCUGGGCGACGGCAGCGCCAGUUACACAGUGUGGGCUUGGUGAAGAGGGAUGGAAUCGAGUCGGUGCUCACUUUUGAUCUGUAGCCGAGAUCAGUCCCCCCUCCCUCCGGGCAUCUAGGAACCAUGCUUGUUUGAAGCCCUGGGGCAAGCGCCGAAAAGGAAUGUGGAUAUUGGGUGUGAGAAGGGGGUUCUCCCCAGAGUUGCUGGCGCCUCCUGAGUGGACUUCUGUUUAAUUCCCAAAGAGCCACAGGCUGGGGGAUGAACACAAAUGAGCUUCCCUGGCUCCUGGGUUGGGGGUCUAGGAUAAACCCUAGAGUUUCCCUGCCAAGGAAAGAAGAGACUAAUUGAUGGAGCACCUCCUAGGUGUCAGACCACUGAACUAUAGGGAGCUUUCACAGGCCUUUUCUCAAAUGAGGUCCUUCCACAAACCUGUGAGGUAUUGUUAUUCCUACUUGCCUAGGAAGAAACUGAGGUUAGAGGAAAAGUGACUUGCCUUUGUCCCUUCAACAUCCUCCUCCCAUCCCCCCACAGCUCCUUCCCUUGGUGGAGUGGGUAUUGUAAUUCACUCUUAGAGCUUAGGGAUAAUGAGCCCUAUUGAAGGUCUUUUGUCUUGUUUUUCACCAGAUCCUUCCUAGCAUCCUCUUCAAUUCCAGCUAGAAUGCUGUGGCAGGCGCUUUGCAGAUUUGGUCAAAAGCUGGUACGCAGACGUACGCUGGAGCCAGGCAUGGCUGAGACUCGCCUUGCCAGAUGCUUGAGCACUCUGGAUUUAGUGGCCCUAGGUGUGGGCAGCACGUUGGGUGCAGGCGUCUAUGUCCUGGCUGGCGAGGUGGCCAAAGAUAAAGCAGGACCAUCCAUUGUGAUCUGCUUUUUGGUGGCUGCCCUAUCUUCUAUGUUGGCUGGGCUGUGCUAUGCAGAGUUUGGUGCCCGGGUCCCCCGUUCGGGUUCUGCAUAUCUCUACAGCUAUGUCACUGUGGGUGAACUCUGGGCCUUCACCACUGGCUGGAACCUCAUCCUCUCCUAUGUCAUCGGUACAGCCAGUGUGGCCCGGGCCUGGAGCUCAGCUUUUGACAACCUGAUUGGGAACCACAUCUCUCAGACCCUGCAGGGGAGCAUCUCACUGCAUGUUCCCCAUGUCCUCGCAAAAUAUCCAGACUUUUUUGCUAUGGGCCUUGUGUUGUUGCUCACUGGAUUGCUGGCUCUGGGGGCUAGCGAGUCGGCCCUGGUUACCAAAGUGUUCACGGUGGUGAACCUUUUGGUUCUCGGUUUUGUCAUCAUCUCUGGCUUCAUUAAGGGCGAUCUGCACAACUGGAAGCUCACAGAAGAGGACUACAAACUGGCCAUGGCUGGACUCAAUGACACCUAUAGCUUGGGCCCUCUGGGCUCUGGAGGAUUUGUGCCAUUUGGCUUCGAGGGGAUUCUCCGUGGAGCAGCUACCUGUUUCUAUGCAUUUGUUGGUUUCGACUGUAUUGCUACCACUGGGGAAGAGGCCCAGAAUCCCCAGCGUUCCAUCCCCACGGGCAUUGUGAUUUCACUGUUCGUCUGCUUUUUGGCCUAUUUUGGUGUCUCUUCGGCACUCACGCUCAUGAUGCCUUACUACCAGCUUCAACCCGAGAGCCCCUUGCCUGAGGCCUUUCUCUAUACGGGAUGGGCCCCUGCCCGCUAUGUUGUAGCUCUUGGAUCCCUCUGUGCUCUUUCUACCAGCCUCUUGGGCUCUAUGUUCCCCAUGCCUCGGGUGAUCUACGCGAUGGCAGAGGAUGGCCUCCUGUUUCGUGGCCUUGCCCGCAUCCACACCAGCACACACACCCCCAUCGUGGCCACUGUGGUCUCUGGCAUUAUUGCAGCGUUCAUGGCAUUCCUUUUUGAACUCACUGAUCUGGUGGACCUCAUGUCAAUUGGGACCCUGCUUGCUUACUCCCUGGUGGCUGUUUGUGUUCUCAUCCUCAGGUAUCAGCCUGACCAGGAGAUGAGGAACGAGGAAGGUGAAAUGGAGUUGCAGGAGGAGAAGAUCCCCAAAGCAGAGAAGCUGACCCUACAGGGACUAUUUUUUCCACUCAACUCCAUCCCCACUCCGCUCUCUGGCCAAGUUGUCUAUGUUUGUUCCUCACUGCUUGCUCUACUGCUGAGUGUCCUUUGCCUGGUACUGGCCCAGUGGUCCACUCCACUGCUUUCUGGAGACCCAGUGUGGAUUGCAGUGGUUGUGCUGCUCCUGCUGCUCAUUACUGGGUUCACUGGGGUCAUCUGGAGACAGCCACAGAGCUCCACUCCCCUUCACUUUAAGGUACCCGCUUUGCCUCUCCUCCCACUAGUGAGCAUGUUUGUGAAUGUUUACCUUAUGAUGCAGAUGACAGCUGGCACCUGGGCCCGAUUUGGGGUCUGGAUGCUGAUUGGGUUUGCUAUCUAUUUCGGCUAUGGGAUGCAGCACAGCCUGGAAGAGUUUAAGACUGACCAACCCUCACUCAAGUCUAGGGCCAAAACUGUAGACCUGGAUCUCAGCAGUGCCUGUACCCAUUCAGUUUGACAUCAUCACAACCCGAAUGCUGUCUGGUAUCCCUGCACAAUAACGGAGAGUACUCCUGACCACACGGAGAGCUAGGCUUCGCAUGGGAUGUUGGAGGGGACACAAAUAGAGCUCUGUAUUUAUUGUGGAGUGAAGGAUGUGUCUUUGCUGUUUCUCAUCUUCUUUUUUUUUUUGUUUUCCUCACUUGUCUACUUUUUAAUCGUAUCUGUAGCUGCUUACUGGCUUUAAAAAAAUUAUUAUUAAAAGAAACUAGAAAAAGAAA